CAGACGAGGUAAAGGACGUGGAUAUGAAGACUCAUGUCACCUGUAACUGUCAACGUCCUGAAAUCUCUCAAGAAACCAAGGCACCUUCCGUACCAGGGAAUUCCCAGAGAAGUCCGGUACAGAUAGAACGGAGAGCCACUAUGUUGAGGGAGUGUGAACGACUAGGGAAAAACUACACCGGGACACUACCCGACUCCAAAAUUAAAACUCAUAUGAUUUACGACGAAAAAUCAAACCUAGUGUUCUGUGACCUACCAAAGGUCGGGUCAACUUUCCUCAAACAGGUCCUCCAUAUUGUGGCAGGGCAUCGCCGUGAAAAGGAUCCGUUUAGUAUAGAAGGAAGCGCAGUGCACAGGAUACCGUUUACGACAUUCAGUAAACUACCGUACGACCAGGCCCUGAAGUAUCUGGUACAUUCUAUCAAGUUCCUGUUCGUCCGAGACCCAUAUUCCAGAAUGCUUUCGGGAUAUGUAGAUAAGCUUUACACAAAUAACUAUAUAUUCUGGGAAAAGACUGGUACGGACAUCGUGAAAAAUCACAGGGUGAACGCGACUAAACGUUCCAAGAAAUGCGGCCAUGAUAUUACAUUCUCGGAAUUCCUUCAGCACGUGAUCAGGUCGGAAACUUCCGAUAAACAUCGGGAUCCACACUGGUAUCCAAUGUACGACGCCUGUCGUCCCAUGUAGUCUGGAAUAUGACAUCAUCGGAAAGAUCGAAUCAUUCCAAGAAGAUCUGGCGGACUUCCUAAAAAGUCAAAAUUUGGAAAACAUUGUUGACAUUUCUAAUAUGAAUCAGGGCAACGAUAACGUGGCUAUCUCCGUCACGGUCAAUAGAGCGUUUGAAGCGGUCAGAGAAAGGCCCAAAUGUAUUCCGUUACGGCAUGCACUGAUUCGUGCGUGGAAAGUCCUUCAAAUUCGCGGAGUUCUAAGUCCAUUGUCCGAGUUUCCGUACGAUAUGAUCAAGGAAAAUCCAAACAUCACACAACCGAGAUUUUUAGAUGUAGUCGUGAAGGAAAUGAAACGUAGCCCAAUGACCCAAUCAGAGAAAGCGUUGUCAAGACAACAGGCAUUGAUACAUGCUUAUAAAUCUGUAUCACAAAAAAACUUGGACAAGUUCACGACUGUGUUUCACCCCGAUUUCUCUGUAUUUGGAUACCAGAAAACCAUUGGAAAGAAGGAUGAGAGAUUGUUAAGCUGGGAUCCGUUCAAACUUCAAUUUUGACCUGACGUUCUCCGUACCAAGUUGAUUAUUUCCGCUAUAUUGUCACUGGCAUUACGAGUGGAUCAAGCUUUUGUUCACAAACUUGACACAGAUACUUAUAAUUUGACUCAUUGUUCCCUUUGUUCAUUAACAUUAACCCAAUAUUCUCCGUGACUCAAUAUUUCUCUAACAAUAUCAAGAUUUUCAAUAAAAACAUUAC